GUUCGCGUUGCGAUCUGUCGCACAUUUCGUCUGUUCGCUGGCAGAGAUACAAGAUACAAAGAUACAAAAUACAUUUCAAAAGCCGCACACGAGGAGUACUAAGCACAUUUUGGGACUAGUUAACAUCAGAGAUACCAAUUUUCGAGCGUCUAAAUUAAAUCGCACGCACUGUAAAAGAUGGCAACGACUUCAAAGGCAACAGCGCAAAUGGCAACGGCAACGGGGCGUAUGAGUGUCAUAACACUAAUUGCGUGCAUCGCCCUCACUUGCGUGGGCGUGGCACACGCUAGCACUGAACUUGGCAGCGGCAGCAUCAGCAGCGUGACCGGCAAACCCGCGUUGAUACGCACCGAGCUGCGUUUUGGCCGCAAUCUUGAUCCCUCCAAGGUGCGUGUGGUGAACGUGAAGUCGAGUCAAGGCGAAGAUGUGGAGAUAUUGGUGGGCAAGAACAGUCGCAAGGCACGUGCCGAGGAGGCAGCCGGAUCGUUCUUUGUGCGCAGCUCCGAUGUCAAGCGACCUGUGUUGCCAAGAGCCAAGAGCAACUCACAAGUUGCAGGCAGACAGCUGAGCUUUGAGCAUACGCCAGCGUUGCUGAAGCAGAGCGAACUGGCCCAGCAGCAACAGGAUUAUCGCCAGCGCAAGGCUGAGGCUGAGCAGCGACAGGCCAAGUUCAUACAACUGCAGUUGGCCAAGGCGCAGAGCAAAGUGCUGGAGCAACAGGCACUCGACAGCAGCUCGCGUCGCGGUCGUCAGCUUGGUGGAGCUGCGGCCUGGCAACCAGUUUACUUCCAGGCACAGCCAACGGCGCGCAACAACAACAACUUCUCCUUUGGCGUUGAUCGUCAAUGGCAGCCUUACUCCUAUGCCGAUGCAGUCGAAACUCAGCCUCGUGUGUUGCGCCAGGCACAGAGCACUCCGCUCAGCUUCCCCAGUGACAUGGAGUACGCUGCCUCCGAGCCCGUGGAAUACUACAACAGAGACACACGUGCCUAUCCAGGCAAUGGAGCCAGCUAUCGCGCACGUCCGCCCCAGAAUCUGAUCACCAAGCACAACUACAAUGUGCUGCCACAGAAAUCCAAGUUUGUCACCUACAUGCCACACUCGGUGGUGGUCACAGCCAGUGCUGGAGUAGUGACACCCUCCGCCACGCCCACUAGACGACCAGUGCAACAGCAGAGUUCACAUGCGGCACACAAUCCACAUCGCAAUCCGAUUGGCCAGAGCACGCACAGCGUUGUCGAUGGACCGGCGGUGACUUUGAUCGAAGGUGUGCGUGUGCCGGACACCGCUGAGGAUAAGGUGAAGACCUGGCGCAAUGCUCGAGUGCUCAACAAUCAGCUGGUGCCAUAUCCCGAGGGUUACACGCCGCCACGUGUCCAGAUGCCCAGCUUCGAUAGAUAGAUAGAUGGAUGAAUGGAUAGAGUGGAUGCGUCCAUUUAUGCACCUUUGUACUACACCUAUUAUAUAUUUAUUGAUUUGUUUAAUUGUUAAGUUAUUUAUACAUAUAUGUCUGUACUAUA